AUGGCCGACGGGGCCCACCCCUCAUCUCGGCCCGCCACCGCAGAGGAGGGGCAGAGGGUGAAGGAGUGGAGGGGAGGCAUGCGGCUCCUCACACCUGGGGGGGACAUGUCACUUGCUAGUCUUUGGGAAGCCGGUGUAUUUCCUCCCUCCCCCUCCUUCUUUAUCUGCAGCCAGGGACAAAAUAAGCAUCGGCAGCAGAGCGCCCGAGGCUCGGACACCUUCUUUCCCACUGGCCACUGCACUGUGUCUGAGUCCGAGGGCGAAGUCAGAGGGGUCCACGGCAGCAGAAUCACCAUGAAGACCACCCGGGUUCCUGUGCUCCUUCUGCUCGCGUCUGUCCAUGUCUUCACACAAGUUUCAACACAGACCUCCACUGAGCAAACUACAGUACAGUCAACAACAAAGAUGGCAUCAGUCUCGACAACUAAGUCAGUCCCCACCAUACAAAGCGAACAGCCAGUACAGACGACAACAACGUCAGUGCCAAAAAUAACAACAGUAAGCACUGAGACUCCAGCGCCGACCACCGUGAAGCCCACCUCUACUGCAGCUGCAACUACGUCCCACAAAGCUGUGACCACCUCCGUCCCGGUUGUUCCCCACAUGGACAAUCAAACUGUGGGAAAUGACACUCCUGGGACGAGGUCUUUCCAGACUUCGACCCCGAGCCUCCACUCGAAGACCGGGACGGAUGUCACUUCACUCAGACCAGCUCUGAAAAAGGAAACUGUGGAGCCGAGAUCUUCUCAAACUCCAAAACUAAGCAGCCGCCCUGAGACGAGUGAGACUUCAUCUCAUCCAGGACACAAUCAACACGCAAAAACAGACAAAGCCAUGAUUGAAGAUUUCCAGACGGGGGAUGGUGUGAAAGAGCCGCUCAAAUCAGCAGACAAAAGGCUUUGGUGGAUCCUGGCACCCGUCCUCCUGGUCGGAGCUGCCGCUGCAAUCGUCCUCAAGUUCAGAAGCAAGAGAAUCAACGACCACUCAGAAAACAUUGACAAUGGCACUGAAAAGUAAGUUUGAUCUGUAUCACCACAUGCUGCAUGUAUAAACCUGUGUGAAGCAGCAAAGCAUCCUCCUCCUUCCUGUGUCUCUGUGACUCUCCGCAGCGCAUCCUUCCAGAGCAGACCCGAGAACUCCAAAGAUGGCGUCAUGCUCCUCGGGGUGAAGUCGUGCGUCGGGGAGGAGAACGCUGCUGCAAGAUAGAAGAAAACUGGAGGGUGGGAACAUGAAGAUCAGCCAGAGGAUGAGUCACAUCUGUCCCCCACGUACUGAUCUAGUGGAGGAGAAGUUUAGAUGCUUUCAUUUUAAUUUGUGAAACAUAGUGUUGUGACGAGCAGUGGUUUUCAUGUAUGAUUCUGUAUGCUGACAGCAGUUUGAUGGAGUAGUGGGCGGGACUGUUAUGAUGAAUCUCAGAGUAGGUGAACCUGUUGUGGUGAGCGCUGGGCUACAUUCUCAGUACACUGUUGACUCAAACCUGCAAAAUUACAGCUGCAUCACUCAUUUCUGUCCAAAUCAUGUUUCCUGUACAGUGCACUGACCUCAGAUCUGUCACAUAUUUGAUGUAAUGAGUGUCCGUUAUAUAGUUUUAGAAUUAUCCGUCGGUUUUGAAUAUAGUCAAUUGUGUGUGUGUGUGUGUGUGUGUGUGUGUGUGUGUGUGUGUUUGUGUGUGUGUGUGUGUGUGUGUGUGUGUGUGUGUGUGUUUGUGUGUAUGUGUGUCUGUGUGUGUGUUUUAGAGUUCUGUAAUUAUUUUUUUUCAGUAAAUACACAUUCAAUCAUACAAUGAAUUAGCAACAGGUUCGUAUUUUAAAGACACUGGAACUGCUUCAUAUCUGGAAUUUCUUGUUCAACCUCAACAUCCUGAAUAAAUCACCAAAAAAAAGAUUUUUGAAAUUAUCUUUGGUUAUUUGUUUGUUAGUUUGCACAGGAUGGACUGAAAUACUGAAUCCAGAUAUUUUAUUACAAAGAGAUGACAACAUGUUGUUGGUCCAGGAAUGACCUUAUUGUGAUGAUAGCUUUUUAUUGCAUUUGUAAGUUUGUUUUGAUAUUUCCUCUGGAGUUGUAAUUUUCUUUUUAGUUUCACAAGAUUUGCUAUAUUAUUAUUAUUGUGGAAGCAUCUUUCUAUGAAGAAAAAUAUUGACAUAAGUAUAAAUAAAGAGAAAAAUAAAUGAAUACAUCAAUAAAUACA